GAAAUCGAUUCGUUUCGUUGGAUGGCAGAAUUCGUCACGAAAGUUUAUGAUUUAAUGUGAAUGUUGAUUAUCUGUAAUAAUUACGCGUCGAAAUCACGAUGUCGAAAGCCAAAAUCUCGGCUGAAUGGAGGAAAAGGGUUAAGUCGGAGUACAUGCGCUUACGACAAAUGAAACGAUACAAACGAGCGGAUGAAGUCAAAAUCGCGUGGAAUAAAAAUCGCAAGGUUAUGACAGAACUCCUUGUGGCUGAACAAAAGCGAUGGGCGGAUGGAAAGGCAAUGUGGUUAGCGAUGCAAGAUAUUCCACCACAUCUUUCCUGCAUGAAAAAAGCUGAAGUUACUAGUCCUGAUGGCGAUGUUCAAAGUUGUCCUGUAAAAAUAAUUAAUGCGGUAAGUCCUAUACCGACUAUGUACACGUGGGCUCCCAUUCAGCAGAACUUCAUGGUAGAAGAUGAAACUGUUUUGCACAAUAUUCCUUAUAUGGGUGAUGAGAUUUUGGAUCAAGAUGGUACCUUUAUUGAGGAACUUAUAAAAAAUUAUGAUGGAAAGGUUCAUGGCGAUAGAGAAUCUGGUUUUAUGGAUGAUUCCAUCUUCGUAGAUUUGGUAAAUGCUUUAGCGAAUUAUGAGAAAGAUGAUAAAGAAAGGGAACUGAUAAAGAAAGGAAAAGAAUCUUUCAAAGAGAAAGAGAAUCGAAAAGAAAAUGAGAAGAAGGAUGUUGAGAUAAAGUCUGAAAUCAAGACGGAAAAGAUUGAAAGUGGAAAGACAACGGCUAUUCUCUUUCCUUCUAUGCACAUAUUCAAUGCGAUAUCAAAUAUGUUCCCUGAUAAAGGAAGGCCUGAGGAAUUGAAAGAAAAAUAUAUUGAGUUAACGGAAAGAUCUGAUCCAAAUGUUUUACCUCCGGAAUGUACACCUAAUAUAGAUGGUAUAAACGCAAAAAGUGUGCCUAGGGAACAAACGAUGCAUUCUUUCCAUACUUUAUUCUGUAGAAGAUGUUUCAAAUAUGACUGCUUCUUACAUCCAGCCAGGGGGACAUCGCCGCAAGGUCUUCAAGUUUGCCAUCCAGGUCCGAAUUUAUUGAAACGGAAAGGACCUGAUCUAAAACCAUUUCCUGAGCCAUGUGGAGCAGAAUGUUACAUGCAUUUGGAGGGAAUGAAAGAGAAACUGGCAGCACAAGCGGCGGAUAUAAAAGAGGAAGAAGGCGACGAAAAACGCAGUGGUCCCAGAAAGGUACGAAAACAAGCAAGCGUAGAUUCUGGAAAUGAAGCGAGCAGCGAGGAUAGCAAUGAUAGCAACAAAUAUGGUCAAGGAGGCAGUUGUCAAGAUUUUAAACAAAAUGUUAACAAGGACUGUAAACCUGAAGAUAUUAUGGAAGAUCAAGCGCAACCUGAAAACCAAACACCUUUCACACUAUUAGGAAUUGGCAAACGGAUUAAAACAGAAAGUGAGUUCUCAUGGACAGGUUCCGAACAGAGCUUGUUUCGAGCUCUUCACAAAGCCUUCCCUGGUAAUCCAUGUGCACUGGCACAAAUCAUGUUAACGAAAACUUGUCAAGAAGUGUAUGAAUUCGCGCAAAAGGAGGCUUCGGAUAUUCCCACUAUAGAGAAUUUGAAAGAUUUUACGCCGCCGCGAAAGAAAAAGAAGAAGCAUCGGUUAUGGUCGAUGCAUUGCAGAAAAAUACAACUUAAGAAGGAUUCUGGUGCUAAUCAUGUGCACAACUUUGCACCCUGCGAUCAUCCGGGACGCCAAUGCGAUAACUCGUGUUCCUGUAUCCAGGCGCAGAAUUUUUGCGAAAAAUUCUGUCAGUGCAGCAGCGAAUGUCAGAAUCGAUUUCCUGGCUGCAGAUGUAAGGCUCAGUGUAAUACGAAACAAUGUCCAUGUUAUUUGGCUGUGAGGGAAUGUGACCCGGAUCUUUGUCAAACGUGUGGUGCUGAUCAAUUCCACAUCACCCUGAUAUCUUGCAGGAACGUAAGCGUGCAACGUGGUCUUCAUAAGCAUCUUCUGAUGGCACCAUCAGAUGUAGCAGGCUGGGGAAUUUUUCUGAAGGAGUCAGCGGCAAAGAACGAAUUCAUCUCGGAAUACUGUGGCGAAAUUAUCAGCCAAGAUGAGGCUGACAGAAGAGGAAAAGUAUACGACAAAUAUAUGUGUAGUUUUCUUUUUAACCUCAACAAUGAUUUUGUCGUUGAUGCAACAAGAAAGGGAAAUAAAAUAAGAUUUGCCAAUCAUUCGAUUAAUCCAAAUUGUUAUGCGAAAGUAAUGAUGGUAAAUGGUGAUCACAGAAUAGGCAUUUUUGCUAAGAGAGCGAUUCAGCCUGGCGAAGAAUUAUUUUUCGAUUAUAGAUAUGGACCAACGGAACAACUCAAAUUCGUCGGUAUCGAACGAGAGAUGGAAUUUCUCUAAAGAUUUAUAUUUUGCAUACUAUUUAUAUACAUUAUAUAUAUAUAUAUAUAUAUAUAUAUAUAUAUAUAUAUAUAUAUAUAUAUAUAAUGUAUAUAAAUGGUGUAUUGAGC